UUUCCUCUGAACUCAACAGAAUGACUUGUUUAAGAGAUUUUACAAACCAGUUAAAGAAUCGUGUUUUAACACAGAACGAGAACAAACACUCCGGCAGUGAUGAUCAACAUCAGAGGGGGUCGGGGGGGAUCCCUCUGACCAGGAAGCUGUGUUACGCUGUGGGUGGGGUCCCAUAUCAGAUUACUGCUGUAGCCAUAGGAGUUUCCCUGCAGAUUUUCCUCCUGGAUGUUGUGCAGAUGGAGGCCUACUAUGUGUCCCUGAUUUUAUUUGUGAGUCGGGCCUGGGACGCAGUGACGGACCCUCUGGUUGGAUAUCUGGUGAGCCGCAGCAAACGCACACCCGUCGGCAAACUCGUCCCAUGGCUGCUCCUCUCCUCUCCACUCGCUGUCCUGUCCUAUCUGCUGCUGUGGUUUGAGCCAGGCGGCGCCGUGUCGCAGCCUCUCAGCGUCCUGUGGUUCCUCACAGUGACCUGCCUGUUCGAGACCCUCAUGAGUUUUUCACGCCGCUCGUGUGCUCUCGGUUGGUGUCAUGUUUUCCCCUCGUCAUCCGUUCCCAGUGCUACAACGUCCCGUACCUCUCGCUCAACAUGUUCCUGGGGGGAGAUCAGAGGGACAGAGACUCGGCCACGGCCUACAGUAAGACCACCAGGACUCAGGUCACAUUUUAUCUCUACUCCCGAGUCAGGCCUAACGAGCGUGUCCCCUUCCCUGCGUCUGUGUCCAGGGAUGAGCGUGGAGAUGGUGGCGAUGCUGCUGGCCUCUGUGAUUCAGGGUCAGGUGGUGGCCGUGUACAACACAGAGAAGCAGGAGGUCUGUCAGCAGCUGGACGAGGCCAACGAGACGCCUCAGAGCUCAGCCACGCCACCGACUGCAUCACUGCAGGGAACGCGAAAGGCUUUCCUGACCUCAGGUCUGGUCGUCGGUGCUUUGUUCUUCCUCUGCAGCCUGGUUCUCGUCUUCGGGGUGAAGGAGCAGCCGGCUCCUGUCCGCUCUGAUGACAAAGCGCAACCGUCCUAUCUGACCUCGCUGAAGAUGCUGAUACGUCACAUUCCUUACCAGCGGCUGGUGCUUGGAUUUGUGUUCAGUGCUCUUGCAUUUCAGAUGUCGUGGAGUAAUUUUGCACUGUUUUGCAGCCAUGCAGCCGGACUGGGAGCUCAGUUCCAGUAUCUCCUUCUGGCUUUACUGACUUCUGCCUCAGUAGCGGUUCCUCUGUGGCAAGCCGUUCUUCUGCGAGUAGGAAAAAAGACCACACUUUUCAUCGGACUCUCAUUCUUCAUCCCAGCGGUGACCAUCAUCGCCUGUGCUCCCAGUAACCUGCCUCUGUUUGUGAUUAUGUGUAUUUUGAUGGGAUUCAGCGUGGCGACUGUGUUCCUGCUGCCGUGGUCGAUGCUCCCAGAUGUGUUGGACGACUUUGCCGUGAAACACCCGUCCUGUACGGACCUGGAGCCUCUGUUUUUCUCCUGUUACGCCUUCUGCAGUAAGCUGGCGGGAGGCCUGUCUGUUGGAAUCUCAACCAUGAUCUUACAGUUUGUUGGCUACAGAGCGGGUGCGUGUAACCAUGGUGACGGAGUGGUGACAGCUCUGAUGGUGUUGUUCGCACCAGUUCCCAUCGCACUCCUGCUGAUAGGGAUGGUCUUUUUCUGCUCCUACCCGAUCGAUGAGAGGCGGCUCCAGACCGCAGACCUCCAGCCAGAAGCUACAUCAUCAUCAGACGCAAGAGAAAACGCGGAGCAGCUUCAUCCUGGUGUGAUAUCAACUUCACAAAACAACACAAAGACCGACACAUCGCACAAGUCAAACUCCUCACCCUGCUGUUACAGUCAGGAUGGAUCAUGUUUAGUGAAGUCCUCUGCACCUUCAGACGUACUGAGUCCUCCUGCAGAAUACAGCAGGUGUAACUCUGUUGUCCAGUCAAAUGCACAUCGUCAGCAUCAUAAACAGAGACCCAGAAAUCAAAAGCAUUCAGGCAAAAUGAGGUUGAGCAGAAAUAUCCCUGAGAAUGACUCUGGGUCUUUUUCUAGUGGAACAAAUGUGAGAUCCAAAGUGUCGUGGGUUUAGUGAAGCUGUGUUCAAGAUUCCAGGUUCAAGAGUGGGUGAAAUAGAGUUUGGUCCAACUUAAUGCCAAUAUAAAGCAUUAGAAACCUGAUGUGCUGUUAAAGAUAAGUUGUUGUGAUGUUGUUUUGUUCAUUUCAAUUCAAAGAUUGUUAAUCAUUGAUUAUUUUGGCUUUUGUGCAUCAGAAUUUGUAUAUGUGGGCACAAACAUGGCUCCAGGUGACAAUGUUGCUCUGUAAC